UCUCCGCUCUCGGCUGCUCGUCUCAAAUCUAAAUCUAGGGUUUCCUCGAUCUUCUCUCUUCUUCUCUAAUGGACGCCAUGGAUUCGGUCGUAGAUCCCCUCCGUGAUUUCGCGAAGGACAGCGUCCGCCUCGUCAAGAGAUGCCACAAGCCGGAUCGCAAGGAGUUCACGAAGGUGGCGUUUAGGACCGCGAUCGGAUUCGUUGUGAUGGGAUUCGUUGGAUUCUUCGUCAAGCUCAUCUUUAUUCCUAUCAACAACAUCAUCGUUGGAUCUGGUUAAGGAAUUUAUGUGAUCAUUUGCAGAGACGAAGCCAAUGAACACUCACAAACCAAGUUUCUUGUAACUCAACUCCACAAGAGGCUUACGCGUGAUUUUCUAGAUUCUCUUUUAAUCUCUCCUCCUUUUUCUUCUGCUCUUGUUUCUUUCCAGAAUGCUUGUAAGGUUCUUAGACAUUAUUUGAACUAAUCUCAGAACUAUCAUACCAUCAUAAUUUCCGAAAUGCUUGUAAGGUUCUUAGACAGUAUUUGAAAUAAUCUUGGAAUUAUCAUACCAUCAUAAUUUCCAGGAUGGCCGCAUUUCUUCUCUAA